CUUUGAAGUAAAAAAAAAACAAAAUGGUUUCCAAAGCUGUUAUUUUUGCGUGUGUUGCGUUCGCCAUCUUUGAUGCUAGCACAGCCCAGUGCAUAAAGAACCUCCUUCCAUCCUGCGGCUGCGGCGUGGACGUCAUCCAAAACCAGGUCCUCCUCAACCAGCCAGGUCUUCUAGCUGGUGGUCUGGUUCAACCUGGUCUUCUGGCGCAACCUGGUCUACUAGCUCCUGGUAUGGUGGCCGGUAAUGUGCUCCCUGCACUUGCUGGGGGUGUUGUGAGUCCUUGUGUCAACGGACUAGCCGCUACUAACAUCAUUCAGGUACCUUAUCUACCUUAGUGUUAAGUCCUUUUAGCUGGUGGUCUGGUUCAACCUGGUCUCUUGGCGCAACCUGGUCUUCUGGCGCAACCUGGUCCACUAGCUCCUGGUAUGGUGGCCGGUAAUGUGCUCCCUGCACUUGCUGGGGGUGUUGUGGGUCCAUGUGUCAACGGACUAGCUACUAACAUCAUACAGGUACCUUAUCUACCUUAGUGUUAAGUCCUUUUAGCUGGUGGUCUGGUUCAACCUGGUCUCUUGGCGCAACCUGGUCUUCUGGCGCAACCUGGUCUACUAGCUCCUGGUAUGGUGGCCGGUAAUGUGCUCCCUGCACUUGCUGGGGGUGUUGUGGGUCCUUGUGUCAACGGACUAGCCGCUACUAACAUCAUCCAGG